CUCGCCUAGUAUCCAUACAGGCUCAUCUGUGUCAGGCAAAUCUUCUAGUAGUUCAGUGAACACAUUGAUCUGAUUUUCAUACUUGGCUAAAACUAGAAGAGGUACAAAAGAUGAAUGUUAGGAAAACUAAUGUAACCGUGUAAAGUAGGGUUGGUUCCUACAUAUUUUGGGUUUUACAACAAUAAAACAAAUUCUCUGAAACAGGCAUGGCAUAUAUCUUCAUCAACGACUCAACACAGACCACAGCACCCCUGCUACAGGCAUGCACUGAUGGAGACCUGAAUCGUGCCAGAUGCCUGCUGGAAAGCGGUUGUGACCCGAACGUCCGUGACAGCCGGGGUCGCACCGCCAUCCACCUAGCCUCUGCCCGUGGCUGUGUAGGGCUCUGUCGCCUGCUACACAAGUUUGGUGCCGACCUGCAGGCCACUGACAACCAGGGCAACACGGCACUACACCUGUGUGGCCAUGUGGACAUCAUACGCUUCUUGGUGUCUAGUGGCCUCAAGGCAGACAUUUGUAACCAUAAUGGAGCAACACCCUUGGUGCUGGCAAAAAGGCGAGGGGUGAACCGGAACUCCCUCUCUCUGCUGGAGUACCUGGAGGAGCGGGAGCUGAAGGGCUUCAAUUGUGCAGGAGCCUUAAAGAUGGACCCUGUGGGGCUGCCUGAGAAUGACAGUUUGAUGGAGAGCCACACCCUUCUGUAUACCAGCCAGCACAGUGGCAAAGGAUUGUUCUUCAGCUUCCACACUACCUGGCAUGACUUUGUUGAGGACCUGGGCUUCUGGCGGGUGCUGAUGCUGAUGUUAGUCAUAGCCCUUCUGUCGCUAGGCAUAGCAUAUUAUGUCAGUGGAGCCCUGCCAUUCACAGCCAAUCAGCCAGAGCUAGUAGAAAAAAAGGGCUGACCAAAGGGCAAAACUCACAGCGAUUGGUUAAACCAGAUAUUGAGUGACAGUGCAUGGUACAUCAUCCCAUUACUCAGCUUCAUUUCAUUUCAUCACAGCAGAAUAAUUGUGCCUGUGGGGAUGUCCUAGUGGGGCAUCCAUUGAGGUUUUUAAAUUUCAUUUUUCAUAUUUUUUUUAUGUUCCUCUAUUUUAACUAAUUUCUUAUUGUUGUAUUGAAUAAUUAGCACCUGAUGGAUAGAUUUCAUUAUUGGCACAGUGCAUAUGUAGCUCUUGUAAUAAUCGUCAUUAAUAAAUAUGUACAAUAAUUGCUGCAUGUACAGAUAAUAAGAUCAGUAACACACUGCUUUUUUAAUUUCCAAUCAGCUUUAGAUGAAAUUGUAAAAAAAAAUGAAAGGAAUUUGUAUAUACUGAAACAUUAAUGUAGACCCUAUUGUUUUUUAAGUUAGAGGAAAAACUGCAUUAUUCUCUUAUUUGAAUGAAAAAUUGUGCAUGUAUGUCUGAAAAUUAGAAAUUUGUGCUGAUUGCUUAGUGAUUCUCUAGGUUUCAGAAAACUAUUAAUAUCAAUAAAAAAGAGUUCUAGACCAAAA